AGCUUGUGUGCUCCCUUCCAGACGAUAAAUAAGUUUCUUGGGAGUGAAGCUUUGAAAAAAAGCAUUGUUAUCUGCUGGCUGGUUUGGGGUUCUGGGGUUUGAAACAGAGGUUUGUGGUCAGAAACCGCCGAGGAGCCGUGUGCUUACAGAGUGAGAUUGCUGUGGAAGAUCUCUUUUUUUUUUGAUGCCUGCUCUUCCUCACCGGUCAGAUCCGGGUACAGAAACGGAAGCAGAGCAAGAAAUUGAGCUCAUUUAGUUAAAAUGGAAAGCUAAAAAAGUAAAGCUUGCUAAUUUGAAGCUGAGCGUAUUAUCAUAGACACAUUAAGGCUGGGAAAAAACCUCUAAGAUAAUCAAUUCCAAACCUAAGAUGCAUCUGUCAUUUUUCCACCCUAAGCACGAGGUCUAUCGCUGCACAAAAUUUGUGAGGAGCCUUUUAAACCUUUUGCAACGGCAUAGGCUGAAGCUUUUCCUACCCCGCAGUAAUCUCUUCUGCAAACCACCUUGCAUGGAUGUGCCAUGCCUGCACCGCCAGCUCCUGCUGCUCUUCCCCUUCUCCUUCCCAUUCCCUGCUCUCUCUCUCCCUCUGGAAAAAAAAAAAGCAGCAGCUGUUGGAAAGUAUCGCCCAUUUGUUUUAUGGUGCCGCUUUGGGAAUAUGAUCUGGAUCCUACAGGAGAGAGAGAAAGCAACAGGGCGAAAGAGAAGAGGGGGGACUUGAGAAGCUCUGGAAAACAACUUGCUAAUUUUAAAUCGAGUAUAGACAGUUAAAUCUUGCCGGCGAGGCUCAGGGCUGAGGCAGAGCUGCUGCUGAAGGUCUUAGCCUGGGAAUUGGAGAUUGCGAGUUUAAUCUCUCCAUGAAGGAGGUCGGGGACGGGCUGCACGAGCAGAUGAACUGCAUGAUGGGUGCACUGCAGGAGCUGAAACUCCUCCAGGUCCAGACAGCUUUGGAGCAGUUGGACAUCUCAGGCAGCCGGAGCACCGUUCCUGGCAUCGAGCAGCACCAGCGCUGCCCGAGCAGCAGAGAUGUCCCCAGGCUCUGGCAGGAUGAGCAGCUGCAGGGGGAGGCAUCGGUAGAGGAACGCAGCCCCACGUCCCACGCCUGUGCCGUGCCACGGCCGGUGGGUUUGUCCCAUCCCGCUAUGCUUCCAGAGAGUGGCCACCUUAGAGAAACCUCCUCCUCCUCCUCCUCCUUCAGGAGCCUCUGCGAUGAGGAUGUUUGUCACCCAAAAGGACCUUCCUCCAUCAAAGCAGAACACGUCCGCCCACGGACAUUCAAACCCAGUAGCCAGGGCAAGGCUAGGGGGUGGCCAAAGUGCUGUGAGUGCCCGGGCUGUGACGAUGGCCACGACUGGACAUCCUCUCUGUUGUCCCAGAGCAGGAAUCGGCAGCCACUGAUCUUGGGGGAUAACAUCUUUGCAGACUUGGUUGGGAACUGGUUGGAUCUGCCUGAGCUGGAUAAGAAGGCGGAGAAGAGCGAGGCAUCCCUGUCCAUGAGCAGAUCCCAGGAGCUCUGCAAGAAGUUCUCCCUCACAGCCAACAUCUUCAAGAAGUUCCUGAGGAGCGUUCGGCCAGACAGAGACAGGCUUCUCAAAGAGAAACCUUGCUGGCUUCCACCGGAAGACAAAGAGCCCGAAAUUUCUAAGAGACCCAAAAAGAUGAACAAACUCAAGGGGACAUUUUACUUCCCACUUCACGGGAACAUCCAGAACCAUCACGGCAAAGCAGAGAGGUGCCCAAAGGUGGAAAGCAACAGUGAGAAACCCAAAAUGGGCACCAAGAAAGUCCAUGAUAACAUUGACUACACCCAAUCCAGGUUUGACAUCAAUACCGCUGUUUGGGUCUGAGUUUGUCAGCGUUCUUCACUCCACCAGGCAUUUCACAACAGAGAGGAGCAACACGUCUUUUUUAGGAGAGGCCAAGAUGAGAGUAGUCCUCUGCAAAGCAUGCUGUGGGCUCCAUUUGCCUGGAAGCGGUGCUUUCCGGAGCAGUCAGAGCCGCAGCUGGCAGCCCCACGCAAGGAGGCUUUGGGGGACCGAUACUGGCAAAAAGAAUCCAAUCUGUAGUAGCUUUGGGGUGAGCGGUGCCGGAGCCCACGGCCACUGCGGGCGCAUUGCCUUCGUCUCGAGGUGAAAGAGCUGCCACCAAAGCUCACUGCGUGUGUGUAUGAGUGUGCAAAUAUAUAUAUAAUUUUGUUAAAGAGAUCUAUUCCUGCCAGCGUGCACUCCGCUGGGUUCCAAGCCCGCAAUGCAAGCACUUGUUAUUUAAGUUGACAGAAACCAGUUUGAAUUUAUAAGACUUGAACGGUUGCUCACUGGGUGUUUGAGCCCCAGCUUUGUUGCAUUUCAGUGGUUGGGCUUUCCCCCCCCAAACUGCAUCUCCAGCAUCCCUCCUCCCUCUGCCAGUUACACCAGUAGACACAUUCUCCUGUCACGGAUAUUUGUCCCCCUCCAGUUCUCAGCAGGUUCUGCCUCUCCUCCCAUGCCCACAACCCCACCGGUCACACCAGAUGUGAUGUCCCAAGAGUUCAUUGUUGAGGUUGCACCAGAUGUUUAUUGUUGUUUUCUGUUGUUGUGUACAAACCUCAUCUUGACCGAACCAAGUUCUUCACUGUCCGGCUCUCCAAGAGCUCCCAAUAAAGUGGCAUCUGUCUCCAUCGCGGGGUGACCUCAAUCCCACUUUUCUCCGCCAAGCAGGCACGGAAGGCUGGGCUGGUGUGGGUUGGAGCCGGGAGCGCGUGCAGGUCGUGCCAGCCUGUUCUCAGCCGGGACUGGGGAGUUUGGGGAGCAGCCAGGAGCGUUUCCACUCAAGGACAGGAUAUAAAUCGUAGCGGGGAGAGGAGGAGCUGCAGCUGGAGGUCCCGGCCAGGGUCCCAGCGCUGCUCCAGAGGGAUGUCCCACUGCAGACAUGCACAUUCCUGAGAGCCUUCAGGUAACGCUCCAACAUCCAUCAUCCUCCCCCAGCUCGGAGAAAGGCAGAGGGAGAAAUGUUUGAAGGAGAAUCACGGCGUAGAGGCAUAGGGUGAUUGGAAUCGUAGAAAAAGCCACGGAGGGGCCAGGGCCACGUCACCCCAGAGCUGCGGGUCCUCUCCAUGCCGGCUCCAGGGGUUGAACGUGACUGAGGCAAAGCCCC